AUGGAUUGGCAAAAUGGCUCUGCUGAGCAGCAGCUAGAUAUUCAGAACCUGAUUAUAGAGGCUAGACAACUUGCAACGGACUUGACUACCCCUGGGCUUGCCAACCGAGCUGGCGUAAUUCAAGAGCGUCUACUCGAACUACAAAAGUCGAGUGCUGGAUGGAUGAUAGCAGACGGCUUUCUAGGAUGCGAAGACCCCAAGCUCAGGUUCUACGGGCCUCUUACACUGACCAUGAAAAUUAACCAAGAGUGCGUGCGCCAUGUUACCGUAACCUUGGCCAAUGGGAAAUACCUUCCCGAAGACAAGUCAGAGGAACCUGUCCUAGCAUUACAUGCCCUACCAGCUCUCAGUCACGACCGCUUAGUCGCCAUUUUAUCAUUUUGUACGGCAUUGGCUGAGGAAUCCACCCGGUAUCCUACAGAUGGAACCGAGGUCGGCAGUCGGCUGCAAGUGAAUACCAAUGACGUCCUUGCGUUGAUUGACUUUGGGUUUAUACGGGCUUUAAACAACACUGCCGGUGACAUAGGUCAAAACAUGUCGGAACAUUCUAUGACCAUAGCUGCCGAAUCUAUCCUGGCAUUGCACGGAUGGCUACAAGCAUUCCACAGUGGGAAAAUCAACCCUCCAGGCCUCGUUAAUAAAGUGAAGAAGCCCUUGGACUACGCUGCACAGUUCCUUGCCGUUGAAGGCUUGGCCACGUCUGUGAUGGAACUCUUGACGGAAACAAUUGCCAACCAGGCUAAGCUCAUCGACGCCGAUCAUCUAAACACUAUCCUUGAUUUUCUAGUUGGGCCCGGAGAGAAGUAUGCACUGGCCUUAGUAAACGGAGAGUAUGACGAAGAUACGAUGAAAUUUAUGGACCUACUAUUACGGUAUGCUGCAAUCGAGCAAUCGAGUGUCAUUAUAUCUGGGCCAUCAGACGAAAAACGCGAGAAAGUCCUUUUUCUCCUAUACAAGCUAUUCCACGCACCAGGCUUUGCGGAAGUUGAUGACUGUGCCAUCAUCAUGUUGUUGGAGUUCUGGACUGAAGUCGCGAGUGACAUAGAUGAAUUGGCUCUAGACGGGAUUGUCGUGGUAUCCGAAGAAGUCAAGCAGAAGCUUGCAAGGGUCAUUACCGAAUGCUAUGAUAAGCUCCGGUACCCUAGCCGUACAGUUCUCCAGGGCUGGGACGACAACGAGUUGAAACUCUUCAACUACUUUCGUCGUGAAUUUACCGACUACCUUCUAGAGGUAUACCCAUUGCUGGGGGUUGAUGUUAUCCGCCAUAUCCUAGAACAAGCAUCAUCAGCAAUAGCAAAACAAGACUGGGACGAAUUUGAGGUUUCCAUCUUUUGCCUAGGGGCCCUUGCAGAAUCUGCUGCUGAAAACGAACAUGCAGACCAUCUCCUUGAUACUCUAUUCUGCUCGGAUGUGUUUGAAUCGGGGUUUAUCGAUAAGUUUCACCAGCUCUGCAGCAAGACUUCCCUCAGUGACUCCACGCUUGAGCGUGUUGCUGAAGGUAUUGCUGCGGUAAUCCAGGCGUCGGAGCAUGAUAGUGAGAAAGCCGUGAGCCUACUGAAGCUACUCAAUCCUUUACUCCAGGAAGCACAGGCAGCCUGCCAACAAGCAAGUAACGGUCAAUACGAAGAGGGGCUAGAACGCAGUUUGAUAGCAAUGAAAUGCACUGCAAGCAUCGGAAUGGGCAUCCGCGCACCCGAUGACGAUGUCAUUGACCUCGAUACCCAAGAAUCGCAACCCAAGUCGGACUCAUUCUGGGUCAGUGAUCCUCUGGGCAUAUCAGUUACCGAAACUGUGAUUCGGAUUCUAGACACAUUGGUCGGUCAAUUCCCCAACGAUAGCUAUUUGAUUGAAGCAACGUGUGAUGUACUCAAAGCUGGAUAUACGGAGAAGCACCCUGGGCCCUACGUGCUUCCAUCCCAAGUGACGACCCAUUUUGUGAAGGCCACAAACAUUUUGUCCCCUCGGUUUUCAAACGUCAUGGCCACGGCAACCGCGUUUCUAGCAUCUCACGCAUCAAACCCUCUCGCCAUUGAACCGGAAGUCACAGAGUUAACUAUUCAUACAGCAACUCUUAUCCAAAGCCUUGCUGUAUCGGCUGAUAGCUACGACCCUGAGGCAGCCCACAGCUGCAUAGACUUCCUUACUCGCCUGAUCCCAAAAUAUCACAUGCAGUUCUUUGGAUUACAAUAUGUGGAUGGUGUUCCUCCGCCCCUUCCAACAAUACUUGGCUUCACUCUUAAUGUGCUCAAGAGGCCUGAUCCCCUACCGCUUCGAGCAUCUUGCUCAUUCUGGACUGCAAUACUAGCCCUCAACGACCUGCCUGCUGGUCUCAUCUCACACGGGGCUUCUAUGGGUCGUGUACAAGCAAACGAACCUCCCGGAUUCCUCGACCCAUACCUAAGCGUCCUUGGAGAGACUGUUAUGCACCAAAUCGCCGGCCGCUGUGCUCGUUCUGACUUGGAUCAUUUCUGCGAAAUCAUUAAGAAAUUUGUCUUCAAACAUCAAGGAGCUGCUAGAACCUAUUUUGGAAACGCACUGGCAUCGCUGAGCGUUUCCGCCAAGGACCCAGCCUGCGCCUCAUCCGCUAGAGAUGUACAGUCGCCCCCAGAGCCGACUAUUUCGCAGCAGGAGAUACAAAAGUUCCUCCACACCAUCAUAGCGCUCCGCGGAGCAAGAACAACGAAUUCAAAUGUUAAACAGUUCUGGUUGUCGAAUCGGGGCAAGGGGUUUGCAUAUGCAUAA